GCCGAUAACGGUCAGAGCUUUUCGAAUUGAGUGAGGUGGGAGGUGCGAGCAGUGACAGUGCAACUGAAGUAGACAAGGUUUGCAACAAAAAGGCAUUGAACCACGUAGGUGUGAGCUAUGGCAGAAGGCGACAACAAAAGUGCAAAUCUUAUUGCUCAGGAGACUGCUCAGCUCGAGGAGCAGCUGCAGGGAUGGGGGGAGGUGAUUUUGGCAGGUGACCAGGUCGUGCGCUGGGAGAAGCCAUGGUUCCCUGGAGCUCUGAUGGUUCUCACCACUGUCAUCUUCACGCUCGUCUACUACCUGGAUCCCUCUGUGCUGACUGGACUGUCCUGCACGGUGAUGAUCAUGUGCCUGGCUGACUAUCUGGUGCCCACUCUUGCCCCAAGAGUCUUCGGCUCCAACAAGUGGACGACAGAACAGCAGCAGCGCUUCCACGAGAUCUGCAGCAACCUGGUUAAGACACAGCGCCGCGUCCUUGGCUGGUGGAAGCGCCUCUUCGCCCUCAAGGAAGAAAAGCCCAAGAUGUACUUCCUGUCUGUCAUUAGCAGCCUGGUAGUAGUGGCCUGGAUUGGACAGCAAGUACAUAACCUUUUCCUGACUUAUUUGAUUGUGAGUUUCUUGUUGCUCCUGCCUGGUCUCAACCAACACGGAAUCAUCACCAAGUAUGCCGGCAUGGCAAAGAGGGAGAUCAACAAACUCCUGAAACAGAAGGAGAAGAAGAACGAGUAAGGGAAGUCUACAGUGCCAGAUGGAAGACAGAAAGUACCGAAAGUUGAAGCUGAAUUACUGACGUUGCUCCCCUCACCCUGCGUGUCCACUCGGAUUAAGACCAACUUGAAAGCUCUCGCCAGGGCCCGACUGCAUCCAGUCUUGCUCUAGUUUGCUGGUGGGUUGUGCUGACUUCAAUAAAUCGCACAUGCAUGCAGCCAUCACAUUGGGUUUCUGUUUUGCUGCCUGCAGUCCUACCCUGUGUCUAAAUUGUUCACAUCUUGCGUCAGGCAUAAUUAUUUUGUUUUUACAAUUUCUGAAGUCCACCUCCUUGUGUUGCUAUCGGUCAUUUUCAAAUCUGAGUGAAAUGUAUUUCUUUCUUUUUUUUGCUUUUUCAAACCCAUUCCCAUUUCUUAGAGCAAGGAAGGCAACUACGUAACCUAGUGCAGUGUAGAACCUUAAGCAGAAUAAGCCUAGAUUACUUUUUAAAAAGUCCUGCGCUUUUUCUUUUUUUUUAACCAUGGACAGUAGCCUUAGCUUUGUGUUAUGGAUGGCUAUGAAACAGAUCUUCUGUCUACCUAGUCAGGUUGAUUGCAUUAGUUGCCUGGUAUUGUUGUUUUUUAAAAUGAUUGCACUGAAAACUAGAUGAAACUGGAGUUCAAAGCUGUCCGUGUCUGGGUGGUGUGUUGGAGACUCACUGCUGUACUGUUCACUGUUAGGAUCUCGCUCAGGAUCCCAUUGAAGCUUCUGCAACACUCACACUGGUUUAGGUCACCGUUGUAAAUAUGUUACCCGUUACCUUUGUCUCCUAUGUCUUAUCUAUGUUUUACCUCAUUCAAAUUCUCAUCUGUCCUUUCUCUCUUCUUUAUUUCUCUUUUUUUCUGUCUUUUUGAGAACUAUAAAAUUAAUAAAGUCUGGUUUAAGAACAGG